CGUGCAGAGACAAGCACGCAGUUUGAUGUUGAACGACUAAAAAAUAUCUACAUGGAUACAGCUCAUCCGGAAAGUCUGCGACGAAUUCAGGAAAUUGAAGCAGUGCAGCCAGCUAAGCCAUCCGACGAGGAAUUUGUACCCGAAAUGCCAUACUUCACAGCGCAACUUAGCGGUCCCAAGGAAGUUCUCCGAGAAGGCCAGUCUGUGCAUAUGGAUUGCAUGGUACAGCCAAUCAAUGACCCAAAUUUGAAGAUUGAAUGGUUCCUGAAUGGUUAUCCAGUGAUGUUUGGAUCUCGAAUCCGGACGAUGCAUGAUUUCGGUUACGUGGGUCUUGAGUUUCUUCAUAUCCAUCCUGAGGAUUCCGGUACCUACACAUGUAAAGCAAGCAAUGCUGCCGGUGAAGCAACCACCGAAUUCUUCAUUGAAUGCAAACGUAAGUGGUUAUGGAAUGAUGGAUGCGCAUUUGCCCUUCUGUAUAUAGCUCUUUUUUCAAUGCAAAAAUUUGCAGCACGGCGAAAUAUUUAUUUGGAUACACAGCAUGCCGAGUCAUGGCUUAAAAUCCAGGAAAUGGAAAAUUAUCAACCGCCGCAUGAGCCAUCGCCAGAACUGACAUUCCCACCGCCAACAUUCACCGAACCCUUACAGGUGAACACCUUUAUCUUUGUUACGCUUUUUGGGACAAUAACAAAAUUCUUUGCCUUGUUGCAAUUACAGUUUGACGGCUGGUUUCAGAAUGUGGACGGUAUUAUCGAUGGGCAAAGCGUUAGGCUGGAAUGUCGUCUACAGCCAAUUAAUGACCCGACCUUGAAAGUGUACUGGACGAAGAACGGCCUGCCGUUACCGGAAGGUAUGGAAUCGAUUAAAAUUUGUUAA